AUGGAUUUGCAAACAAAGCGCGCAGAGCGACAAUUGUUGAAGGAACUUGAACUUCUCAGAACAGUAUUUGAGGAAGCUGAUGUGGAUGGAAGUGGGACCAUGGAUAAGAGAGAAUUCUGCGAUAUUUGCAAUACAACAAGCGUAAGGCGUGCUUUGCAACGUAUGGGUGUGCCCUUAGACCAAUCGGAGACUUUGUUCGACAUCAUCGAUUCGGGUAAUACCGGCGAGGUCAACUUUCCUAGUUUCAUAGAAGGAGUGAAGAAUGUACGAGGAGUUCCCACAAAUCUUGAUAUGAAGGCCGCCUGA